AUGGAAGCAAUGACUGAAAGAAAAAAUAUUACUGAGAUCACCAAAUUCAUCCUCCUGGGAUUCUCAGAUUUCCCGCAAAUCACAGUCCUGCUCUUUGUUAUAUUCCUCACAAUUUACAUUACAACGCUCACCUGGAACCUCUCUCUCUUUGUUUUAAUAAGGUUGGAUGCCCACCUCCACACACCCAUGUAUUUCUUCCUCAGUAAUCUGUCCUUUAUAGACAUUUGCUACAUAACCACAACGAUCCCCAAUAUGCUUUCCAACUUCUUUCAGAAAGAGCAAUAUAUCAGCUUUGUGGGCUGCAUUGUUCAAUACUUUAUCUUUUCCACGAUGGGACUGAGCGAAUCUUGCCUCAUGACAGCCAUGGCCUAUGACAGGUAUGCUGCCAUUUGUAACCCACUGCUCUAUUCAUCAAUCAUGUCACCCACCCUGUGUGCUCGCAUGGCAAUGGGAAGCUACACAGCAGGGCUCAUAGGUUCUUUAUCUCAGGUAUGUGCCUUGCUGCAGCUGCACUUCUGUGGACCUAAUGUCAUCAGACAUUUCUUCUGUGACAUGCCCCAGCUGUUAAAUCUCUCCUGCACUGACACUUCCUAUGCACAGGUCGUACUUGCCAUAGCAACAAUAUUGUUUGGGCCUACAAAUGGCUUAGCCAUCAUGGUAUCUUAUGGCUAUAUCUUCUUGUCCAUCAUGAAGAUCACUUCAGCUAAGGGCAGGUCCAAGGCACUCAACACCUGUGCUUCCCACCUGACAGCUGUUUUCCUAUUCUACACCUCCAGUGCCUUUGUCUACCUGAGUUCCAGCUCUGGUGGCUCCUCCAGCUUACAUAGAUUUGCAUCUGUCUUCUACACUGUGAUGACGCCAUUGUUGAACCCUUUGGUUUAUAGUCUGAGGAACAAGGAAAUCAGAGAUGCUAUAAAGAGGUUACAGAGGAAGAUGAAAUGCUUCUAA